UCUAGAAGGUGAGUAGUUAGUUGAGCUGAAUUAGGUAUGUAAUUAAUUAUGCUCGCUCCAACUGAUGAUUAUUCGCUAAUGCGAUAACUAUCCCCUAAGCAUACAAAAUACAUGCAUUGCAUUAUCACAGAAGAAUAAAGCAAAAAAAAAAUCGGCAAGCAAAGCAGCGAGCAGUCGAAGGGAAAAUAUAUGUAUGCUUGUCCAACAACCCAGUGCCUGUGUGUGAACAAUAACAUUAUGAGUGUGGGGACAGCAUACAUAAUUAAUUUGGGCAUACAUACGUCACGUAAAUAACAUUAAGCGCAGCCAGCGUCGAAAGCGCAAAUAAAAAAAAAUAAAAGAUUACAUUCAUAUGCCUAAAAUAAUGUUUUCGGCAUGAAACGCGUAAUCAAGAGCCCAAAGGCAGCAAGCGGUUAAUAUAUAGUAAGUUAUGAUAAUUUAAGCCGCGCUAGCCUUAUUACGAGAAUAAAGAACCAAUAUACCUGUGCGCUAAAAUACAAGUAUUUAGUAUAAAAGCUAAAACCAAAUCAAUUCACAGCGACAGACACAGCAGCAACGUCGCGGCAGAAACUUAGAACUUCACCGCAGGCAGCCAAGUUCGGUGUAGAAACAAAAAACGAAACCACUUCACAAUGUUCAAACCACUCAUCGGUCUUCUAUUGCUGGCCACACUCUGCGCCGCCGAAGCGCCGACGCGUUUCCGCAUAGCUGCGCGGCGCCGUCCUAGUGUCGCUCAUGGCCGUUUCCUUGCGCGCCAACAGGCAGUACCUGCUCCUGCGGCACCCGCACCUACUGGCUAUCCGGCCGCCGGUGUGACACCUGAAAUUCCCUUCGACUUGCCGCCAUCAUCAACAAACAAGCCAGAUGUUACCUACUUGCCCCCGGAUAGCACCUAUGGCCCGCCAACACAGCCGGAAGCUACUUACGGUCCGCCAGCACCGCACAGCACCUACGGACCGCCAACAGCAGCCGCUGUGACACCAGAUGCUGUUUACGGUCCGCCUGAAAACACCUACUUACCACCAGAGCAAAGUGUCACUGCACACGAUGUGGAUUUAGAAGUUGACGAAGAGGAGGCCACAGUGGAUGAGCAGCAGCCAAGUGAACCGCAGCCGGAAGUAAGAGUUGAACACGAGGAGGAGGAGCCCGCUGAGGAAGAGGGCGAGGAGAUUUUCGUCGCCGUCGCCGAGGAUGGUAGCGUCAUUGCGGUCAGCAACUCAUUCGACGCACAGGGCACUAACGAUGAAGCCGACAACAAGGCAGCACAACAGCCAGCGCGUUUAGUUUUCCAACGUUUCCCACAAGGUAGACGCCGUGCGCCAGCUGACUUGCCUGUACCAGCGCAUUUAAUUAAGCCGCGUCGUGUAGGGCCAGCAAAAUUCCAAUUACUACAGCGCGCGCAACAGCAGGCACAGCCACAAGGCUUCCCGUUCGCCGCGCGCUACACCGGCUGGUAA